CUGCUGGCGGAAUUAACAUAUAAGCUUUAUGGCAGAGUUCACUUUGUGCAUUUGGAAUCAAAAUCACAGGCCAUGAUAUUCCUUCAAUCGAUAACACACCCCACACACGUACACAUACAUACACGGAGAACGUGGUGGGAAUUGCACUUUGCCUCCUGUAUUUAUUUCUAAGAAAUCCAGUCUGGGAAAACACCCAAAUAAUAAUUUCGGUUUCCUAUGUGGGGAGGCCACUUUUUAAUACUAGGGGAAAAAUAAUAUUUUGAAUCUCUAGAAAAUCCUCCUAUGCAAAAAGAAGGAAAUAAAGGUAUAACUUAUGAUUUUUAAUGGAAGAGGAAACAAAUGGAUUACCAGGGAUGUUAGUAGAAUCUUUUUUUUUCUACCUCUCUAGGAGAGGGCUUGAGGGUUGCCACUGAACAAAAAUGAAUUGUGAUUUGUGGUGGGAAAGUUUAUUACUAAUGGAGGUUUACAGUUUCGGUUGAACGGUCUGACUGAGACCCUCUGACUCUUACACACCUCUCAUUAACUCCCGGCCUCAACUCCCAGACCGCAUACCACUGGGCAGAAGCGGUUCAUUAAUAAAUCCCUGUCUCCAAGCCGUUCCAAACAGGGGAGGAGGGAGGGAAGGUGUGGGCCUCGCAGAGGCGGCCAGAUUCUGCCUGGCCAGAGCGCUGUGUCAUUAGCGCAGCCCUCUAAGCCUGCCCUCAGAUAGAGCCACAGGCAAGACUUCACAGCACGCUAGAGAAGAGCAUUUCAGGCGCAGAAAGGGCUGGUGGCAAUGAAGUCUGGACAAACUCUCCCAUCUUCCUGCUGGGUUCAAAAGCCAGGCAUAAAGGUUGAUGGCUCAGAUAGGCCUGCCUGCCCCUCUCUAGGGAAAGCGCUAAACUGUGAGUCCCAGCCCCUGGGGAGCCACCUUCAGAGGCACGGCCCAGGCCGCAGAGCUGGCAGAACUCUCUGCUAAAAAGGGGCUGGUAGUGGGAGAAGGUGGGCCUACCCUGAAAGCAGAUGAGGUGCCCUGGGAAACUGGGUCUGAAAGCAGACCUCCGUGUUGGCACUGGGGGUUCAGGGACAGGCAUGUGCGUGCGCCCUGCUUAGGCCCAGGCCGCAGACCCCGGCCGGCUUCCCGGUGGCAGAAGCAACGUCGCACUCAACUCCAGGCCGACAAACCAGCUUCCUCCAGGCAGGCAGAGGCGCACCGUACCCGAUCUGCGGUGGCCCCCCUGCUGCUCCGUCCUUUUUCCUCCCCGGGGAACACUCUCGCCUCGCCUCUCUUCUCUUUUCCUGGGGCCUGGCCGGUGUAGGAGCCUCUCCAGGUGCCAGGUCGAGAAGCGCUCGGGCCUCCCGAGAGCUUGGCGCUCGGUCCUGGAUCGGGGACUUUCUCCACCCCCGCAACCCCCUACUGAGCCUGAACCAUCUGGAAGGGAUCUAGGUGGGGGGUGGGAGGAGACGGCCCCUGGGAAGGUGGAAGGGGUGAUUCUAGGCCUCACCGGCCCCCGAGGUGUCACUUUUCUUUCCUGUGGCCCGUCACCGCUGAUAAAUGGGACAGAGGCAGAGGAAGGAAAAAGAAAACCUCUGAGGUCAGCGCCGGGCGAGGCGAGUCCCUCCGAGGGCCCCGCAGCCCCAGGAGCGCAAAGUGCGCCCGGCUGCGCUCCAGCACCCCAGGCGCGGUCCGGGUGAACGGCGGUCGGCGGGCGGGUCGGCGGGCUCGGGGCGCAGCGCUAGGAGCCGCCCGGCUGAGCCAGGCCCUCACGCCCGGGUCGGACCCACAACCCAACGUUCCCCGGGGAGCUUGGAGGCACGGCGGCAACAGAGGCUCAGCCCGGGCCUGUGGGCGUUGGCACAGCGGGGUGUCACGGAUGACCAAGCUUCGCCUGAUCGGGGUUUUCUCUGCGCGCCGUUGUCCUUCUGGGUUUUCGCCGGAGCCCCACGCCCAGCCGCCUCUGAGUCCUGGAAAAAAAGGGUGGCUACCUCCGCCCCCCAGCACCCCGGAAAAUGGGGAGCAAGGCCCUGCCAGCGCCCAUCCCGCUCCACCCAUCGCUGCAGCUCACCAAUUACUCCUUCCUGCAGGCCGUGAACACCUUCCCCGCCGCGGUGGACCACCUGCAGGGCCUGUACGGUCUCAGCGCCGUGCAGACCAUGCACAUGAACCACUGGACACUGGGGUACCCCAACGUGCACGAGAUCACCCGCUCCACCAUCACCGAGAUGGCGGCGGCGCAGGGCCUCGUGGACGCGCGCUUCCCUUUCCCGGCUCUGCCCUUUACCACCCACCUCUUCCACCCCAAGCAGGGAGCCAUUGCCCACGUCCUCCCAGCCCUGCACAAGGACCGGCCCCGUUUUGACUUUGCCAACUUGGCCGUGGCCGCUACGCAAGAGGAUCCCCCUAAGAUAGGAGACCUGACCAAGCUGAGCCCGGGCCUGGGUAGCCCCAUCUCGGGCCUCAGUAAAUUGACUCCGGACAGAAAGCCCUCCCGAGGGAGGUUGCCCUCCAAAACGAAAAAAGAGUUUAUCUGCAAGUUUUGCGGCAGACACUUUACCAAAUCCUACAACUUGCUCAUCCACGAGAGGACCCACACAGAUGAGAGGCCGUACACGUGUGACAUCUGCCACAAGGCUUUCCGGAGGCAAGAUCAUUUGCGGGAUCACAGGUAUAUCCAUUCCAAAGAAAAACCCUUCAAAUGUCAGGAGUGUGGGAAAGGAUUUUGUCAGUCUAGAACUCUGGCUGUUCACAAAACUUUACAUAUGCAGGAAUCUCCACACAAAUGCCCCACAUGUGGAAGAACCUUUAAUCAGAGAAGUAAUCUGAAAACUCACCUUCUCACCCAUACAGACAUCAAGCCCUACAGCUGCGAGCAGUGCGGCAAAGUGUUCAGGCGAAACUGUGAUCUGCGGCGGCACAGCCUGACUCACACCCCGCGGCAGGACUUCUAGAGAAGCCCCGGAUCUGUCCCGGGCCGCCGCCGCCGCUCCCCUCCCCAGACACCUCUCCACGCCUCCCACCCGGGGGGGCCACCCCCAACCCUUCACUGACCCCAGCUCUUCCCCAGCUGCAGCCACACCGGCAGCUCCAGGGGGUUAACUCUUCUUCCCAAGGACUGAGAACUGUAGAAAGCCACACAAGUACAUCCUUUCACAAAGAGCAUAUGCUAGUGUCUUGUAGAUAUUCACAGCUCAUUUUAGAGCUCUGUACAUAAUGUUGUGGGUCUCUGUUUCGUUGUUUUGUUUUGUCUGUUUUUGUAUCUUGUUGGAUGCACCUAGGUAUGGAAAAUGGAAACCAAAUUUAUCUUUAAAGACUGUAUUUUCAAAAAUAAAAUGUUUUCUUGUUUGUUUCAACACUCCUGCAAAAGUGCCUUGCUAUUUGACUUCUGUUUUUCCUCUGGAUUCUGGAAGAGUGGCAUGUCUCUGAAA